AUACGCAGGUCAAAACUGUCUGUGGAUACGUAUAACAUUUGAUUGUCAUUAUCAUACUCUUGUGAAUUGAUGACAUUCGAUCAGAUAUUUGACCUUGAUCUAAUUAGAUACAAUAACAUGUCAUCCCGUUGUAUGUGAACUCCUCACGUAGGUGCUCAUUCACAUAUAAACAACACCAAGGUUGAGUUUAUUAAGUGGUUCCAAGAGCUCCACAUAACGUUGUUCAUUUGGCGGAAAUAUGAACGUCGCCGCAAAGAUUGUACUACUGUAUUUUGGAGUGCAGGGUUAUUUGUGCUCGGAAAGACAGACCUACGUGUUCGAUGACACCGAUGGUUUGGGAAGACGGUUUGACGGGAUCGGAGCAAUUAGUGGUGGAGGGGCAACAUCAAAACUGUUGGUCAAUUACCCCCCAAAACAACGAGAUGAAAUACUGGACUAUAUGUUUAAGCCUGACUUUGGUGCUGCUCUCCAGCUCCUUAAAGUCGAGAUCGGAGGAGACAUGCAGAGUACAGACGGAUCGGAAGCUUCUCAUAUGCGCAGCCCUGACGAAGAAAACUAUGAACGAGGCUAUGAAUGGUGGGUUAUGCUGGAAGCCAAAAAGCGUAACCCUGACCUACAACUGAUCGGUCUGCCCUGGGGGUGGCCUGGUUGGCUGGGAGGGGACACGGGGGACGUGUACGCCAACCCUGAACAGACAGCCAUGUACAUUGUCAAGUGGAUUCUGGGUGCAAAGUCGAAAUACGGACUUCACAUAGACUACAUCGGUAUAUGGAAUGAGAGCCGGUACACGACCACCUACAUAAAGGUCCUCUGGAAGAUGUUGCACCAACAUGCUCUUCAGAACACCCUGAUUGUUGCUGCUGAUGAUAUCAGAGACUGGGACCAGAUAUCAUCACAGGUUCUAACUGAUCCAGAUUUAGCUAACGCUAUAUAUGCCAUUGGAGUGCAUUAUCCUGAGACCAACAGCUCGCUGCUUGCUUUGGACACUGGAAAACAGCUGUGGGCUUCAGAGGAUUCUUCUCGCACCCUGUACUUGCGCUGGAAUUUAAACUAUGUCAACGGAUUCAUGACAGGAACAGUCAUGUGGCCAGUGCUGUCGGCAUUCUAUAUGGGUCUGCCUCAUCAAGGGACUGGCCUCAUGAACGCCUCAGAACCAUGGAGUGGCUUCUACACUGUGCCAGUUGGUGUGUACCUGGCAGCUCACAGUACCCAGUUCACAAGACCUGGUUGGACUUACUUGAAACACGGAUCCGGAGUUGGUAGAUUCGGUAAUGGCGGCAUAUACGUGUCUUUGGUCAGCCCGGACCAGAAGGACUUUACCAUUGUAAUUGAGACAGUCAAUGACCACAAAACCGGUAUUCCAGUUGCAUCAGAGAAUGUCACCUUACAACUUCAAGGCAGCUUAGCUACCAUUAGAACGGUGAAUGUCUGGUUCACUCAGCUGAAUCUGGAUAAUCUGACAGACUCUCACGUUUUUGAGAAACAACCACCUAUGCAGGUCAUAGAUGGAAAGAUAAACUUGAGUCUCGGCGUAAACCAGGUGUACACACUGACAACUCUGACAACAGGAGGCAAGGGGUCCUACCCUCCUUCUCCCCCGUCGAAACCAUUCCCUUUGCCUUAUAUGGAUGAUUUCAAUGAUUAUAGAGAGUAUGAAGAACCUUAUAUGAUAUCUCCUCAAACUGGAGCAUAUGAAGCAACACAAGUGGGAGGUGAUCACGGGAAGGUAAUGAGGCAGGUCACGACACGCAGGCCGGUGUCCUGGUCAACAUGGUGUCCAAUAGAAGAGGCUGGGGUAUCGCUGGCGGUGGUAGGGGAGUAUUACUGGUCUGAGAUAUUCAUUGAGUGUCAGGUGUCAAUCAACCUAACGUCACCUGACAGAGCUGAGGGUGUGUUCCUGGCCGCCAGGGUGGAUCAUGGAGGGUGUCAUGCAGAUAACAACACAGGGGUUUUCUUUUACUUCUAUCCCGAGAACAAGACGUAUUUGGUCAGCUCUGAUCUUGAGAGGAAACACGUCCUUACCAAAGGAAACAUCGAUUCUGUUUACAUAUCCGACUGGAAUGUGAUAGGCCUGUUUGUUCAGGGGACGACUGCGGCUGCAUUCGUCAAUGGUCAAAGUCUCUUUCAUGAAACGUCAGUUCCUUCAACAGUCAAGUCUGGAUUUGCAGGUCUCGGGACGGGCAGUUUCGGAGUAGCUGACUUUGAUAACAUUAUGAUUUCUGAUCCAAAAGAAGGGCUUAGAAGAAUGAAAGCGUCAUACAAGAAACAAAACACAUGAAAAGAAAAUGUGAUACUUAAACCAGACUCUAACAGUGUUUGUUAAUUUUCUUCAGUUUCUGUCCCUAUUCGUUACCAGGUAUAUACGUGACAGGUGAUAGUUCAAACUUCACUUGUGUGAAUUCAAUAAAACAUGAGAUAUGUACUAA